UUCCGGCGUAGCCAUGGCGGCUAACGCUACCACUAACCCGUCGCAGCUGCUGCCUCUAGAGCUUGUGGACAAAUGUAUAGGAUCAAGAAUUCACAUUGUGAUGAAGAGUGAUAAAGAAAUUGUUGGCACACUUUUGGGAUUUGAUGACUUUGUCAAUAUGGUACUGGAGGAUGUCACUGAAUUUGAAAUCACACCAGAAGGAAGAAGGAUCACUAAAUUAGAUCAAAUUUUGCUAAAUGGAAAUAAUAUAACAAUGCUGGUUCCUGGAGGAGAAGGUCCUGAAGUAUGAAUGGAUUUCCUUGACUUAACUGUUUUGUGUUAUAAUGACAACAAGAUAGAAAUUUUUUUUAACCUUUUAAUGUUUGGAUUCUGUAAAGCCAAGUUUCCCGUUAAAGGGAAAUGU